UGGAUGGUAUGUUAUAAACUUGGUGGAAAGUAUGAAUGUUCUACGUUAAACCUCAAUAAUAUUGGAACAUUACUACAUCAGCUCUUGAAGGAGAACUUUAUAUCAGAGAUAGAAGCAAAUGCUGCAGGUAUUGUUGAAAUGCACUAUGACUUCUUCUUGACAAACAUAAAGAAUCUUACCGAAAUAAAGAUGUAUGAUUUAACAGAAUAUGAAGGCUUAACGAUGUCAGAUGUAAAGAAAGGCAAACCAAAAAAGAGACCAUAUAGAGAUGAAAGCACACUGACAAAUGACCAGAAAGCCAUUUUGGAAGCUCUUAAGCAAACAGGAAACCCAGCACUUAUAGAAAGCUUUUGGAAAGAUAAUGGUGAAAAGAAGUUUUAUAAGAAGAGAAGCGGUCAGUUCUGGAAGUAUCUUUGCACAUUACCUAUAAAUCUUGAGCGCUACCAAAUCUUCAAUGAAUUGAACAAAAGAACUGCAACACUUAUGACAGAGGACAAUUGUUUCGUUUAUGCUUGCAUUCAGGCUGGAGUAGAUGGAGAGACUAUUGACCACAUGAGAGAAGUCAUUCGUGUUAGAGACUUUCCUCAAAGUAAAGUACAAGAAAUUUCUGACGCAACAGGUAUAGCAUUUAAUGUUACCAUUGGUUAUUUCAAUGACUCAAGACAUAAUGAAAUAAAGAGAUACAUACCAAAAGAAUGUGAAACUGUUCGAACUAUUGACUUACUUCUUGUUGAAGACCACUACAUGCUAAACGAAAGAUUACCAAUGACAACAUAUUUCGUCAGAAAUUACAAAGAAAUUCUCAAAGCUUGUGGUGGAAUGAACAUUGAGAAACAAAUGAAGAUUUAUACAAAGAGAUAA